AUGGAUUUAAGAGGAUCGUGCCACUGUGGAGCAGUUACCUACUCCUUCAAAAGCCAUACACCUUCACCGUUUAUGCGUUGCUACUGCUCUAUUUGUCGCAAGACCAGCGGUGGAGGAGGAUUUGCUAUCAAUAUCAUGGGCUUGAAAAACACUUUGACUGUGGAGGGUGAAGAAAACUUGCGAGAAUACCGUGCCCUGAGAGAUAAGAAAACAAAAGAACUAUGUGGAAACAUCCGCUAUUUUUGUGGGCAAUGUGGAUGCCAUUUGUACGCUUAUGAUAAGAGCUAUGCAGAUUACAUUUAUCCUCUUGCUUGCUCCAUCGACACGCCGCUCCCGUAUGUGGAUUACAAUGACGUGUAUCACAUCAUGCUGAACGACGAGUCCAAAGCGAACUGGGCUAUUGCUCCAAGUCCGGAUCCAUCGAGACACGCUUUUGCCGUGUAUCCAGAUGUCUCUCUUGAGCAAUGGCAUAAGGAUAACAAAAGAUUCCUUGCGUAA